CGCGGCGGCGCCGGAAGUCCCGCCCGCGCCGCCCCGAGGGAAGACGGUGAGCCGGAGGAGCCAGUCGGCGCGGCGAGCAGGAGCCGUCCCGCCGGCGACCAGGUUAUGAGGCCAGGUGGCCAGCCCUGACACAGCAACAUCAGCACUUUGUGAAUGAUGGAGACUGAAAAGAAACCCGAGGUGGAGGAGGAUGAAGAUGGGCACGGGAAGGCAGAAUGCGGGAGAGGGACGCCAUCCCAUGUGCACUGCGGGUCUCUCUCUGAGGGGAGAGAGUCCCCCGAGAAUUCCAUGGGCAAAAGGGGCUUUUCAGAAGCGGCCGGCAUGGACAGCGCCGCUGUGGAGGAAGACGGACAGACGCACGCUUCCAAGCGAAUGAGAUUAGCCACGGCAGAGCCUCGGGACUCUGAGGAGCAGGGAGUCGGUGCCCUGGAGGGGGCCCCGGGCCCGGCUGCAGAGCAACUCCCGCUGGGUGAGGGCGAGCCCGGGCCCUUCCCAGACGCCUGUUCUGGUGGGCGCCCGGGCCCUGCCGGUGCCUUGUCCCCUUCCUGUGGUUUCAACUCUGCUGAUGCUGUUCCUCCGCCAGCAGACACUGAACAGAAGUCUGCUGAGGAAACUGGACCCCUUGACCCAGGGGGAGAGCCCCCGGGUCCCCCGAGAGAGGCGAGUGGGGGAUGUGCCACUGGAAACGGAGACCUGGCUCUCACGUGUAGCAUGUGUGGCCAUUUAUUGUCGUCCUGCUGUGACGUGGCCAGGCAUGCAGACUGUCCCGUGCCGCUGCUGAGGGAGCGAGCUUGCUGCCGCUGUGCCCACCUGGGCAGGCAGACUCCUGCACCCCAGAACACCUUUGCUUGUGACCUGUGUGGCUUUCAGUGUGUGGAAGAAAACCGACUGAACGCACACUACCUUGGCAAAACACAUCUCCGGCGCCAGAAGCUUGCUGCCCGGGGAGGAUUUGUGCAAAUCUUAACGAAACAGCCGUUUCCUAAAAAAACCUGUGCCACAGGGACAAAAACUGUUCGCACAAAGCCAAGAGCUUUGAAACCACUGGCAAAGAGUGGAGAGUCAGAAGCUUUGCCCAGUGGAGACCUGGGGGGAAGCCUGCGGGCACCCGGCGGAGGGGGGGGCCAGCAGCUUGUGGACACAGAGCCAGCACAGAGCGCUUUGUCAGACAAGGCCGAGCUUGCUGGGGAAGCCCUCACUCCCCCUGGUGUGGCCCCAGACCCUAAAAACCACAGCACAAACUCAGGCGCUUUCGCAACUGAGGGUCUUUCGGCCGAUGCGGAGCCCAGAACAAGCCCCACGCAGGCCGCUCCCAGUCUUGGCUCCAGCCCACGACCGAGGCCCGAGCGCAGCCUUCUCACGCUGGGGAGCAGGGUCCGGCGGCGGAGUGGCACCUUCACCCUGAAAGCCCAGGCGAAGAAAAGGUUUGGUCUCUUAGGAAUCAGUAAAAGAGGCGCCGGCGAGACUCAGAGGAUGUAUCUGAAACACAUCAGAACACAGGUCAAAGCAAGCGGUGUGCAGCCUGGACCCCCUCCCCCCGACGCAGGUGGCAGCGUCCGCAGUCUGUGCGUGGCCUCGGCCGAGGCCCCGGACCCAAAGCAGGACAAGAGAAGCUCCCAUCUCCUGUGUCCCCUGGACUCUUGGACAGCGAGGCCAGCUUCUGACCACCAGGUGUUGUGCGCUUGUACAGACUGUGGCCAGGUAGCUGUGGACAGGACUGAACUGGACACCCACAUGAAAAGGUGCCAUGCAGGGGAGAUGGCGUUUCCCUGCCAGGCUUGUGGCUUUUCCUGUAUGUCCCAGAGGGACUUGGACGAACAUUUGCACAGUAACCAGCAUCAGCAAACUGCCUCUGUUUUCAGUUGUCAGUGCUGUUCAUUUAUCUCCUUGAAUGAAAUAAAUCUUCGAGACCACAUGAAGGAAAAGCACAGCAUGGGUUUUCUCUGCCUUCCUUGUAACCUGUUUUUCUUGUCUGAGAAAGACGUGGAAGAACACAGGGCUACUGAGGAGCAUCUUCAUUUAUUGGUCCAGACAAAGACUUCUCAAGCACUUGAAAAGGAUUUGGCUUUACAGAAUUCACCUUUGAGUACUUUAGAAUCAGAAAACGCAAAAGAGCCUCUGAGUGGGUCAGGAAAAACAGCUCAGGAGGAGCCUGGGAAGUCCAGGGUAGGCCAGGGAAACGACGCGCGGCAUUCGAGCAAGCCGCAGUUCCAGUGUAAGAAGUGUUUUUAUAAAACAAGGUCGUCCACUGUUCUCACCAGACACAUAAAGCUCCGUCACGGGCAGGACUAUCACUUCCUUUGUAAAGCAUGCAAUCUUUAUUCUUUGAGCAGAGAGGGAAUGGAGAAACACAUUAAGAGGAGCAAGCAUCUUGAAAAUGCCAAGAAAAAUAAUAUUGGCUUAAGUUUUGAAGAAUGCAUUGAAAGGGUAUGGAUUGGUGCAAAUGACAAAAAAGAAGAGCUAAGUACUUCUGGCAGUGGGAGGCUGGGCUGCCCCGGAGGUGGCGUUCCGUCGCAGGAGCGCUCCUGCCCUGAGAAAGGCACGCGCACUAGCAGGGACCUGUCCCAGUCGGGCACGGCCGUCAGAGAUGAGGGAUCGGCCUUGGACCCCGCUCCAAAGAGAGGCAGACCUAAGGGCAGUAUGUCACGAACAUGUUCGCAUUGCGGUCUCCUGGCCUCCAGCAUCACAAACUUGACUGUACACAUUAGACGGAAGCACAGUCACCAAUACAGUUACCUGUGCAAAGUGUGUAAGUAUUACACCGUAACCAAAGGAGAUAUGGAGCGUCACUGCGCCACCAAGAAACAUAAAGGCCGCGUAGAAGUCGAGGCAAGUGGGAAACAGAGUUCAGAUAUCAUUGUUGGCCCUGAGGUGGGGAAGCUGGAGGCCUGGAGCAAGAAUGCCAGUUCUGCAGUGGCUGUUUCAGAUGAACUUGCCGACCAGGCAGCCGCGCCAGACCCCUCCCUUUCAGAGAAGCCAGCGGGAGAGCAAGGGGCUUCAGCUGAAGUCGAGGUUGGAAAUGUGUUUCGUUCUGUUGACGGGGGUGCCCAUAGUCCUGCCGCUGAUCAAAAGGAGCAGACACCGCUGGAGCCAGAGGACCUUCCCCAGCACGAGGAAGCGUGUGCCCAGAGAGACGUUGGGGGCACAGGUGAUAAUAAGUGCAUACACUGUGACUUUAACACCCACUCGUGUGCUUCCCUGGAACUGCACAUAAAGCGCAAGCACACGAAGGAGUUUGCGUUUUACUGCAUGGCCUGUGACUACUAUGCUGUGACUCGUCGAGAGAUGAUGAGACAUGCGGCCACAGAGAAGCAUAAGCUGAAGAGGCAUGCCUACCUGGACUCUUCCAGCAGCGAGGCCGCCCCCGCAGACAUGGCCAGCAGCAUUCUCCCGCCCGAACUGCAUCAUCACCACCACUGUGAGGACGUCCAAGUGAUUCCAGAGCAACAGCCAGAGACUCUCAAACCUGGCCCUACUGCAAAUCCUUCUGUGUCAGAGGAGAAUGAUAAUUCCGACGCGCCCGCUGUUCUCUGUGCUUCUCUCUCUGCAGAAGUGGUGACUCCAGGAGAAUCUAACCUUAGUGAAGACCAGCCCUUCUGUGAAACCCUCCCGCAGCCCCUGGUCAGAGAUAAAAUGACCAGCUCCGGGGAGAUGCUGUCUCUCCAGACUUCCUCCGAUCUUGGCUCCUCAGGCCAACUUCAGAAUGAAAACCCAGGAGGUUCAGCUCUGGAUUUUGAGACCGCAAAGAGAAGCCACCAUGCGUCAGAUGGCACUGAUGAGCUUGCCGUGCAUUGUGAAGCUGAUGGGGCAGGUCUGGGGGAUGGUGGAGACACGGCCGCUCGGAAGCAUAACUCUGCUGGGGUUCCGGAGGGGGGCCCUUCGGCCGGAGGCACCAGCCCCCCUGCCGUGAGGGCUGCAGUCGGAGAGUUGUGCCUGCAGAGCGACGAUCAGAACAGAGUUGGGCCUGUUCAAAGUUCAGAGGAUUUGAAGAACACGCAAGAGAACCCUGCCCUAGAAAAUAAGGAGAUGCUCACGAAUUCACAGCGGGAAAAUAAAGUGGUUUUUGAGGAGGAUGGCCCUGCUUCUGACAGCAGGCUAGCAAGUGGUGAUGUUUAUGAAACCAUAAUCAGUAUUGAUGAGAAAGGCCAGACCAUGUAUGGCUUUGGCCGGUUUGAUUCUUCCAUCAUCAGAAUAAAGAGCCCUGAAGAUGGUGAACUGGUGGUCCAGCCUGAGGAGGGCCUGCUAGCAGCAGGAGUGAGAGUCAGUGAGCUCCCUUUCAAGGACUGUGCCCAGGGUCUGAAGAAGAAGAAGCCUGAAGGCAGCUCUUUUGGUGAAUCCACGCGCAUUCGCUGUGAUGACUGCGGCUUCCUCGCAGACGGCCUGAGCGGCCUGAACGUUCACAUUGCCAUGAAGCACCCCACCAAAGAGAAGCACUUCCACUGUCUGCUCUGCGGCAAGUCCUUCUACACCGAGAGCAACCUCCACCAGCACCUGGCCAGCGCGGGCCACCUGCGGAACGAGCAGGCCAGUGUGGAAGAGCUCCCGGAGGGCGGGGCCACCUUCAAGUGUGUCAAGUGCACGGAGCCCUUCGACUCCGAGCAGAGUCUGUUCCUGCACAUCAAAGGGCAGCACGAGGAGUUGCUGCGCGAGGUGAACAAGUACAUCGUGGAGGACACCGAGCAGAUCAACCGGGAGAGAGAGGAGAACCAGGGCAACGUCUGCAAGUACUGCGGGAAGAUGUGUCGCAGCAGCAACUCCAUGGCCUUCCUCGCGCACAUCCGCACUCACACAGGAUCAAAACCGUUCAAGUGCAAGAUAUGCCAUUUCGCGACAGCUCAGCUUGGCGACGCCAGGAACCAUGUCAAGAGGCACCUUGGGAUGAGGGAGUACAAGUGUCAUGUCUGUGGAGUUGCUUUUGUAAUGAAGAAGCAUCUGAACACUCAUCUACUCGGCAAACAUGGAGUGGGCACCCCCAAGGAAAGGAAAUUUACAUGCCACUUAUGUGACCGAAGCUUCACCGAGAAGUGGGCCCUGAACAACCACAUGAAACUGCACACGGGAGAGAAGCCGUUCAAGUGCACGUGGCCCACGUGCCACUACUCCUUCCUCACGGCCUCGGCCAUGAAGGACCACUACAGGACCCACACAGGCGAGAAGUCGUUCCUGUGUGACCUGUGCGGCUUUGCGGGCGGGACCCGGCACGCCCUCACCAAGCACCGGCGGCAACACACAGGGGAAAAGCCUUUCAAAUGUGACGAGUGCAACUUCGCCUCCACCACGCAGUCGCACCUGACGCGGCACAAGCGCGUGCACACGGGGGAGAAGCCGUACCGCUGCCCGUGGUGCGACUACAGGUCCAACUGUGCCGAGAACAUCCGCAAGCACAUUCUGCACACGGGCAAGCAUGAGGGCGUCAGGAUGUACAACUGCCCCAAGUGCGACUACGGCACCAACGUCCCCGUGGAGUUCCGCAACCACCUGAAGGAGCAGCACCCCGACAUCGAGAACCCUGACCUGGCCUACCUGCACGCAGGCAUCGUGUCCAAGUCCUACGAGUGCCGGCUCAAGGGCCAGGGCGCCACCUUCGUGGAGACGGACAGCCCCUUCACAGCGGCCGCGCUGGCCGACGAGGCCGCGGCCGGGAGCAGCCGGAGGCCGGCGGCGGCCGAGGAGGUGCAGCAGCUGAUCAUCAUCCAGGGCUACGACGGCGAGUUCGCCCUGGACGCGUCGGCGGAGGACACGGCGGCCGCCACGCUGCAGACGCUGGCGCUGGCCGGCCAGGUGGCGCGCGUCGUGCACGUCACGGAGGACGGGCAGGUGAUCGCCGGCGGCCAGGGCGGCCCGCACGGGGGCGGCGGGGCGGCCGGGGCCCUGGACGGCGGGGUCACGCAGGUGGUGGUGGUGGGCAGCGCGGUGGAGGGGCCCGAGGGGGCCGCGCCCCUGAGCCCUGGCGGCGCCGGCGGGCGGCAGGCGGGCAAGCCGGAGCCCGGGGAGCUGGCGCCCGCCGACCCGGCCUCGGCCCUGGACGCACUGCUGUGCGCCGUCACUGAGCUGGGCGGCGCCGAGGACAAGGGCCCGCCGGGCCCCAAGGACGUGCUGCAGCUGCUGCCCGGGCUGGACGCGGCCCCCGGCCCACAGGACGGCCCGGCCGAGCCCCCGGAGGGGCUGAGCCCGCCCCCCGCGCCCCAGGGCCGCGCGCAGGCGCUCCGGAAGGUGGUGCAGGGCGUGCUGCAGCUGGCCGUGUGCGGGGACGCGGCCAAGGAGGGCGUGACGCAGGUCAUCCUUAACCCCGAGGGCGCCGUGCACAUGGUGGCGCGGGACGGGCCCCACAUCAUCGUGCAGGGGGGCCCCGCACACCCCCACGCCGGCCUGGCUGCCGCCGACGGCGAGAUCUCGCAGAUCAUCGUCACGGAGGAGCUGGUGCAGGCUGUGGUGCGGGAGGCAGGCGGCGGCUUCCCCGACGGCCCCACCCACUACAUCGUCACCGAGCUGCCCCCCGGGGCGCAGGACCCCGUGUUCUCGCACACCGUCAUCGAGGCGGCCGACUCGCAGGAGCUGCUGCAGGCCGGCGUGGCCCCCGGCGCAGAGCCGCUGACCAGCAUGGUCAUCUACACGCAGGACGGCGCCCCCGCGGCCACCGUGAUCCAGAGCCAAAGAGACGGCAGCGAGGCCCAGGAGGCCUGAGCGCGGCCCGCGGGGCUGCCCCAGCAGGGACACCACGCUGCCCGGGGUCGCCCAGGGCGGGGCGGCUCCUCCCGCGGUGCCCGGCCAGCACGGCGGCGACACGCCCGCCUCCCGGUCCUGUGCCCUGCGGGGCACCCCAGGCCCCGCGGUGGGUCGCGUCACCCGUCAGCGCCCGCCCGGCCAUGGAGGCCCUGGUGUGUGGCGCCCCCCGCCGGCCCCCCCUCCCUCGCCCGCUGCUCCUGCGGCCUCUGGCCUGCGUCCCUCCUGCAGGCCCGGCCCGUGGCAGCCGCGCCCGUGAGGCGGCCUGGACCGCUGGCCUUGCCGAUGCCCAGGGUCCCCACGCCACGGCCCCCCCCCCCAGGUGUAAGAUGACCCGCCCCACACGCAAAGGUUGUUUUGUUGGUUUCUUUCCUUUGAAAUAAAAUUACAGAA